UCCAGAAAGAAGGGUGAAAAACCCUAACCCCAAUUGCCCCAACUCCGCUUCUUCUUUCACUUCCACCUGCCACACCAUCUCUCCGGUCACAGAGUAAAGCCAAAGAUGAGUCGGGUAAGCGCAGCGGGAGCGAAGGGGAAGAAGAAGGGAGCGACCUUCACAAUAGACUGUGGGAAGCCGGUAGAGGAUAAGAUCAUGGACAUUGCUUCCCUGGAGAAGUUUCUACAGGAGAGGAUCAAGGUAGGCGGCAAAGCCGGUGCGCUCGGUGACUCCGUCACCGUCACUCGUGAGAAAAGCAAGAUUAUGGUCACCUCUGAGAACAACUUCUCUAAGAGGUAUUUGAAGUAUUUGACAAAAAAAUACUUGAAGAAACACAAUGUCCGUGACUGGCUUCGCGUAAUUGCAUCCAACAAGGACCGAAAUGUUUAUGAGCUCAGGUACUUCAACAUUGCAGAGAAUGAGGGUGAGGAGGAGGAUUAAAAAUGUGGAUUUGCAUUAUCUAUACACACCUCCUUUCAUUUGCUUCCUCGAAUGUCUACUAUUGCAUGUUUGAUUCUUCUUUUGUUGGAUUUUUAUGCAGUUUAGCAAUUUUGUUUACCAAAAUAGAGAUUUUAAAUUGGUCUUCUUGUUGAUUUGGGUAGACACAAGACUCUUCUCCAUUUCACAAAUAGUUUGUUAUCAUUUUGCUGUCCAAAUGUUGGUGUAUGUGUUUUUUUAUGACAGUUAAGGUUCUGAAUUAUGCUUUA